CUUCCUCACAACCUCGUUUUUCACACUAAUGGCGAACUGGGCAACACUGAGACCAUAUAUUCUUCGGCGAAUUGUUUAUAUACUCGACAACAGUAAUCGCCUUAUGAACCCUGACGAUGUUGACAUCUAUACUUCAUUCCUCCAGCUUAACCAGAUUUGCCAACACUGGAGAAACACUAUAAAAGAGAGCCUCUACACUACUGCGAUUAUCUUGUGCCAAAAACCAACUGCUGAGCAAAUGCUUCUAUAUGGCAGCAUCUCUGAUUCUGGCCAACUCGCAUCCAGAGGCAUCUACCUCGCAGCCUCAUCACCACAACCAAUUCUUUGGAGAACAGACAUCUCAAAUAUCAUGCGAUUAAAAAACAGCAACUACACUCAGCAACUUCUUAUCUCAUCUCGAGACUGUAUCAUCGAUUUUCCUUCUCUUGGAGACAUCCUCGAAACAUUUGGAUUCAGCACUGUCGAAUGGCUUAGAUUGGAAAAAAUACUUUUUAUUGGAACUCCACAGGUAGCAAAACAGGAUUCCGACACCAAACUCCCAAUAGCUGACGAUACCAGUAAGCGGCUGUCACAAACCUCACAAUAUUUUAUAGAGCAUACCCCUCAUGUGAAACAUUUGUGGCAUAGAAAAUCCGGAUAUCUAUUGAAUAAUCCGCCAGCAUUCCCACUUGGUGAUAUGUUGGACUUUUACUUGCCACAGCUGCGAACAAUAGCUUUGUCCGAUUUCACACUUCCAGAAAUGAACCAUAAAUACUUUUCCUCAUAUCUCGCUAGGUUGGAUCUUCAGAUCAACAGUGAGAGUGCUGAGCGUCUCCCUAAAAUAUAUGCACCCUCACUCGAGUAUCUGAGCCUAUAUUAUUCUGACACUCUACAUUCAUGGCACAUCUUCAGAGGCUGCCUGCCUGGAUCUGUUAUCUUCGAAAACCUUACGGUGCUUGAAAUCUAUCACUAUCCCGAGAUAUCUGAGUCAAUAGAUGAAUCAGACGCAUACCUUCCUUCUAUAUCGUUUCCAAAGCUGAAGGAUUUACGAUUACAAUACUAUCCAUUCAACGAUCCCAGCAUCUUCGCUUUAUUCAAGGACGCGCCAAUACAGACUGCCACUAUCGUUGAUGCUGUUGAUAGAUUCCAACUCUCUGUGAUAACCACCUUCAGAGAUGUUCAGACUCUACUCAUUUCCACAAGAAGCUGGAAUACUAGUGUGCAUGAUGAAGCUGCGGCGUCUAUUGCAAAGGGUCUUUUCGGCAAACCGUUCUCUACUUCCACCGCUGAAAUAUUUAUUGACACAAGCCUACCAAUCCCACUCCCUGAUACGAUUCUGUGGACAAAGUUAGAAAAAGUGUAUCUUCAGUUUCCGGUUUAUCUCUCCGAUCUCAUCGACAUUCUCCCUCAGCUUCCUCAUCUGCGCUGGCUUCUUGUCGGGGCCAUAUACAACACUGGAAAUGUCAUAGGAAAUACAGAAUCAGCACCCAUUUGGAGCAGCACCCUUUCUCAGCUUAUCCUAUUUUCAAGUGUUAUUCAUAUCCCAACAGCCCCUUCUCUUGAUGCAAUGUGCACUUUAGUCUCUGGAUUACCCUCCCUCCUCAAGCUGGUUGUUCCAGGUGAUAUGCUGUCCACGGCGAAAGAAGCACUUUCUGAACACGCUAUUUCUCGAGGGUUUAGCGAAGGGAUGGUUCAGAUCGUUGGAUACCUUCCAACAAGAACGAUAUUUUAUCUUCGAAAUGGUAUUCCUUACACUGAUAAUCAAGGCAGCCGAAUUGUAUAAUACAUCUAGGUGAAGUGGCUGUGGCAAUAAAUACUACAUCAUAAAUAAUUCUAGGUAGAAAACUAUCUAGUGGCAGAUUUAAUUGUAUUUUGUAUUAUCAAGAGUCUAUAGGUUGACUGAGCCAGCCACGAUUCCCUACCCUCCCAAAAGGCAAUCAAGUCCAGAGACAAUUUACGCACUACCAGUGGACCUGCGUUACUGGCUAUAAUAUCUCUGGUACCGAUUGAACUGAUGGGCAGCCUUCUAUUACCGGUCCGUACGUUAACCUUUCAACCACAUUACCAAGUUACUUGAAUGUAGACAAA